AUGGAAAAUUAUGAGCGGCCUUAUACACCUUCUCUCUCCUCACACCCUAGUACACCCAGAAAUACAAUAAAAGCAGUUUUUCAGAACCUCCAAUUUAUAAAUGAAGUGACCGAAAAAAUUAAUGAAGUUUUAGAAAUUCUUGAGCCUUUCAAGGACCCAGAUAAUGCCAAAAUUAAAUCUAUUCGGUGCUUAAAUCUGACAACUCGGCAAACAGAAAGAUUUAAACCAAUCAUUAGCGAAGCUUGUGACAAAUUAAAUCUGCUGAAAAAUGAGGACAUUCGCAAAUUGGAUGAUGAUAUAAAAGGAAUUGAAAAUAGUUUGAAAAGUCAAAUGGAAGCUAAUGGAAAAUUAAAAGCAGAGUUGCAUCAUUUGCAUAAUAAAUUCGGGCUAUUUGAAGAAGAAUUGAGAAAUUGAAGGGCACAGCUAGAGGAUGCACCAUUAGCUAUGGUAGAAAGCAUUGCAAGCACUCUUAGAAAAUACACUGAAUUUUCUAAAGAAAAGCACCCAAAAGAGCAAUUUACAAGAAUACUAGAAAGUUUUAUGUCCUCGUGAAAUUCCUACUACCCUGACACAUUUGACAGGCCACCUUCUGUGCUAGAUAGAGAUGUAUUUAUUGACGAUGAUUUCAAAGAUUCAGAAAAUUUUUAUUUUAAAAUAAAUUGCGAAAAUUGCAAUAGUUUAAGGGCAGAACUAGACCAAUCAGAAAUGAAUUUAUUAAGUGAAAUUGAAAAAAAUUACAAUUUACAGAGAGACAAAGAAAAUGAGGUCAGUGAGCUAAAGAAACAAUUAGAAAAAGCAGCAGGAAAUGAUGAAAUAGAUUAUGAAAUCUAUAUAAAAAAAAUUAGAACUGAUAUAGAAAAUUUGCUUGAUUGUGAGCUGCCAGAUAUAUCUAAUGACCCAAAAACGUCUUUACCAGAACUCUGAAUGAAGAUCAGAAAGGUUAUAGGAGAAAGUGCAAAGAGAUGUAGAUCAAAAGCAGCUCCAGCUGCCGCUAAACAAGAAACUAAUUAUAUUGAUUGUAAUGCGAAAGAUAUAGAAAAUUUGAAGCGCAAAUUAGAUGAAAUUUAUGAUGACAUUGAAAAUGGAAAGCCCAGCAAAGUAUAUAAGAUUAUGAUAGCAGCUUCUGAGUUUAGCCUACUUUUAAAAAAAGUUGAGGAUUCAUGAAAUUUGAAUUUUCCAAAAAAAUAUGAAAUUGCCCUUAAUGCUGGCUCGAACAAAAAAAUUAUUUCUAACAAAAAUCCUAUUUUUGACUCAUUGAAUUCAAUUUUAUCUGAAGAAUUUAGUGAGGCUGAAAAUCUUAGAUUGACUGAGCUUGAGAACAAAUUAGAAGAGCUUACUGAGCUAUCAUAUCAAAUUAACCCAAGCAUACAACAAAAUUUGAGUGCAGAAAGUAAUACAACUGCCAAGCUCUAUGAAGAAAUUAAGGAGAAAAAAGAAGAAAUUUCUAAGUUAGCUCAUGAGCUAGAAAGAAAAACAAUUGAAAAUAAAAAGCUAUCUGAAAAUAUAGAAAAAUACAAAAAUGAGCUAAUGCAAGUGAAAUCCAAAAGUGGCUUAACAAUAGAUACAAUUGAAGAAUUAAAAUCAGUUUUCACAAAUACUGCUAUUUCAGAUUUUGUUAAGGUAGAGUAUGAAGAGCCUGAAGAAAUGUAAAAUUUAUUUAGAGUGUUUGAUAUUGAAGAUUUCGAUCCACACUUGAAUUCAGAACUGAGGCUCAGAGACCAAGAAAUCAAAAAGUUGCAGAAAGAAAAAGCAGAAUUACUAGAAAAACUUGAUAAAUCAUCGCCAUUUAUAGAGAUGCCUGAAAUCAAUUUAAAUUGCAGCUCAAAGCUUCAAGACAGUCAAGAAAUUUCUGACAUAAAAUCCUUGAUUUCUCAAAAAGAAAAUGAGCUGGAAAACCUUCCUCCAGGAACUAGCCCUAAUUUACUUAAUCGAGAAAUAAUAAAGCUAAAAUCAAAACUGCAGGACAUAAAAACUAAAAAAGCUUUAGAUGCCCAUGCGACUCUUCAGACCAGAUUAAGCCGAUCAAUGGCAAAAAUUGAAAAAGAUUGACUAAUAACAGAAGAAAAAUCAAAGCGUGUUCCAAGUAAUCAUAGUAAAAGAAUUAUGGAGCUAGACGCAAGUCGAAGCUUAUCUCCUGACAAUUUUAAGAAAAUCGUGGCAGAAUCCCAAAGAUACUCAAUGAACCCAAAUUUUUCAUUUCGAUCCAUAAAUUUAAUAAAACAAAAAAGGAUUCAAAAUUCCAUGGCAAGCGGAGAACUUGAAUAUUUAAGAACUGAGCUAGAAAAAUGCUUAAUCCCAUUCCUAAUAAAAUCUUUUUAAUAGAGUCUAUUGCACAAAUUUCUGAUUGAGCAACAAAUGAUAUAAAAAUCUUUAUAAACAAUAUUUUAAUAUAUAUAUAUCCCGUUAACAGUCCAUAAGCAGGUGAAUUGCCCGCUGAGUAUCAAAUUUGGUCAGACCAAAACAAAUAAUUGGUCGGACCAUAUUGUAAUUUUAGUGGUAGUCACCCCCUUAUGAAACUAUUCAUAGGAAAUAAGUAUUUAUAUAUAAGUAAUAAUUAUUAUAAAUUAAUCUCUAGCUAGUUCUGCGAAUUUAAGCAUUUUGCAUUCUAAAGCAUAAGUUUUCCGCCUUUCCAAAAAAAAAUUUACAAUCUAUAAAUUUUAUAAAAAUAUUUAAUCCUCAAAGGAGUUAGAAGAAAAAUCGAACUUAGAAGUUCAGCUUAAAAAGUUCACUGAAAAUGAUAAAUUAGAAGAAAAAUGGAAUGAAGUAAAAGCAAAAGAACAGACGGCUGAAAUUUUGAUUGAAAGAGCCUUGAAGCAAGAAGAAAAAUUGAAAGAAGAAAGACUUGCUAACCAAAAACAUUUGAAAAAUAUAGAAAAAGAAUAUGAGGAUAUAAGAAAAGAAAAAGCGAAAUUAAAAUUAAUAGGAAAUGAGCUAAAAGAAAAAGAAAAACAAAUUGAGCUGAAAAGCAUAAAUGUCAAUGAAAGCCCAUAUUUAAGACGAAUAUCAAGAGCAAAUACUAGCACAGGAUCAGAUGAGUCUGUAACAAGUUUAGGCUCACCAAGGGCCUUUAAAUUUGAUGAGUUUGAUAGGGAGAAAGAAAAAUUUGUUUUAGAAAAAAAGAAAAUGUGCAUUCUUGUCAGCAAGAUUAAUAAUGAAAAAACAAAAAUUAAUGAAGAAAGAAAUUCAUUAGCAAAAGAAAGAGCUUUGCUUGAGUAUCAAAAAUCAAAGUUUUCAGAGAUCUUGCCAAAAUUAAUGAAUUUGGUUGAAAGAGACAAGAAUUAA